ACACACACACACACACCGUCCAGGUGACUCGGGGCUGAGACAGAUGGAGCUGCGGAUCGGAGCGCUGCUGGCCGCCGGGAUUGUGCUGGGGUCGCUGGAAGGAAUCUCCUGCUUGGUGCCGCUCAGUGACUUUUACCCAUUCGGGCUGGAGAACGGGGACUCGGUCAAUGCCAAAGUGGACGAUGGAGGGUCCGGGCUGCUGGAGAUCUCGCACAGCUUUCCCUUCUUCGGAGAGAGGCACUCUGGGCUUUACGUGAAUAAUAAUGGGAUCAUCUCAUUCCUGAAGGAAGUGUCCCAGUUCACUCCAGUGGCAUUUCCAAUCUCUAAUGACCGACGAGUAGUGGCAGCCUUCUGGGCAGAUGUGGACAACCGUAGGGCUGGAGACGUCUUCUACAGAGAGACCAAGGACCCUGCCAUCCUUCAGAGUGCGACCAACGACAUCAGGAAGUAUUUUCCAGAGCUUGAGGAAUUCACCACUCAGUGGGCAUUUGUGGCCACUUGGUACAAAGUGACGUUCUUUGGAGGAAGCUCGUUUUCACCGGUCAACACCUUCCAGAUUGUCCUGGUUACGGAUGGAGAGUCCUCCUUCACCAUCUUCAAUUAUGAAAAUAUCACUUGGACCACAGGAAUGCAUGCCAGCAGCGGAGGGGAUUUUGCCGGACUAGGAGGCAUUGCUGCACAGGCAGGUUUCAAUGCUGGAGAUGGAAAACGUUACUUCAAUAUCCCUGGUUCGCGCACGGACGACAUUGUGGAUGUCGAAACAACGACCAAUGUCGGACUUCCUGGCCGUUGGGUAUUCCGGAUCCAUGAUGCCCAAGUUGAGGUUGGUGGCUGCAAUGAUACAGCCUCAGUGUGCUUGAAUUUGCGGCCAUGUCUGAAUGACGGAAGGUGCAUCGAUGAUUGCAUCACCGGAAAUCCUUCUUAUACCUGUUCCUGUCGAGCAGGGUUCACAGGCCGGAGGUGUCAGAUAGACGUUGACGAGUGUGCUUCGUACCCGUGUCGCAAUGGUGGGACGUGCUUGGAUGGACAAAAUGCCUUUGCUUGCCAGUGCACUUUUGGAUAUACAGGAGUCCUCUGUGAAACAGAUAUCGAUGACUGUGCAUCAAUUGUCUGUCAGAAUGGAGGUACAUGCAUCGAUGGAAUUGAUGCAUAUAGUUGCCAGUGCAUAUUUGGCUUUGUUGGGAAGUACUGUGAGAUUGCUGACUCCUUGUGCAAGAGUAAAGAGUGCCAAAAUGGUGGUAUUUGUGAGACAAACAACGGAACGGCAGUGUGUAUCUGUCAGAAGGGAUACACCGGAGAGAGCUGUGAAAACGAAACUGAUGAGUGCGGCUCCAAUCCGUGCCUGAAUGGAGGAGAGUGUAUUGAUUUGGUCGAUAAUUACACCUGUCUGUGCCCCCCGCCAUUCUCAGGAAAACACUGCGAGACAGGUGAGCCCACCGUUUUGACCACUUGUGAGCCGAACCCAUGUCUGAAUGGGGGAAGUUGCAAUGAGACUGAAGGUGGCUACCUCUGCAACUGUCCUGAGGGGUUUACAGGCCGUGACUGUGAGAACGAGGUGCUCCAGCCUUGCAGUGCCCACCAUCAGUGUCCCCAUGGUGCUUCCUGCGCUGAGUAUGGUGGAACGUAUCGCUGCAUCUGCCCGCAGGGUCCCAGUGGGAAAGACUUGAUCCCAUCCCCCUGUGACUCAGACCCCUGUCAGAGAGGAGGAACUUGCAAGGAACUGGAUGGCUCCUAUACCUGUCAAUGUCUACCAGGCUUCAGUGGGAAGCACUGUGAAAAAGAAAGACUCCGCUCCUGUGCAUCCAAUCCUUGUCGGAAUGGUGGAACCUGCAAAGAGGCUCCUGGAGGAACUUACCAGUGUACCUGUUUGUAUCGAUUCACUGGCAAGAACUGUGAGACGGGUAAGCCGGACCCUUGUUCCUCCAGCCCUUGCCAGAACAGUGGCACCUGCUUCCAUUACAUUGGAAAAUACAAGUGUGAGUGCCCCAGAGGAUUCACUGGACGGCACUGCGAUACAGAGGUGGACUGCGGAAUCCCCAGUGAAGUGAAACAUGCUGAGCUCCUCAUCUCCUCCACCAAGUAUGGCUCAGUCACUCAGUACAUUUGCGAAGCUGGAUUCACUGUGCAGCCCAGUAGAGGAGAGAGUACCUGCCAACUGGAUGGAAGAUGGAGUGAAGCACCGAUCUGUGAGGAAAUCAACGAAUGCUCCUCGCAGCCCUGUUUGAAUGGCGGGACCUGCAAAGAUGGGAUUGACAGCUUUGUGUGCGAGUGUCAGAAAGCAUUUGCUGGAACAUUCUGUGAGUCAGCUGUGAAUCCCUGCCGUCUCAGCCCUUGCGGCGCCCGCGGUUUCUGUCGGAGUGUGAAUGGGUCAUAUGUCUGCACUUGUAAAGUCGGGUACUCUGGCAAACACUGCAACACAGAGCUUGCUCCACCUGCCGAACUGAAAGUGGAGAAAUCAGAGGAAACUGAGAUUGAAAUCUCAUGGCAAGCCCCAGGAGCCGACAGUACGCAGGAUCUGAUCGAUGGCUUCGCAGUAACCUACAUGUCGUACAAUGGGGAAAUGCGCAAGACCGACUUUGUAGACAAGAGCAGGUCACGCCAUCAGCUGAGAUCACUAUCACCGGGAAGACUUUACAACAUCUCCAUUUUCUCAGUGAAGCGUAACGUCAAUCAAAAUGACAUCAGCAAACCCGCUGUGCUGCACGUGUGGACAAAACCUGGUCCUAUUGGAAACUUGUCUGCAGCAAAUGUCACUGCUUCCAGUAUAUCCAUCACCUGGUCUUUGUACAGUCCGAAACAGGCAGCAGCAAGCACAAUUCGACUAUCACUUAAGUCUUCUGACAUGGUUAGAGAUGCAACAGUUCCACUGAGUUCCAAUCUAACAAGGUACACUUUCAGUGAUCUGUCUCCAGGAGAACUUUACACAGUAGAAGCUGUGCCACAGAUGAGUCUCAAAGGUCAGGAAGACACUUGGAGGGGUAUAGCAACACAAUCUCUGCAUGUGUGGACACGACCCCUCCCUCCUCAGAAUCUUGUGCUGGCUGGGGUCACAACAACCACAGCAAAACUGCACUGGAACAACCCCCCAACUGGCUCGAGCGAUGGUUACAUCAUGAAUAUCACAACCAGCCACAAUGUGAAAAGCCGCUACCUUCCCAAUGGAAAGUUAACCAGCUACACCCUCCGUGACCUGGACAUGGGACGAAGGUACAAGCUGGCGCUAAUGAGGGUGCAGAACACGGAGAAGGGGAAGCUGGUUAGUGAUCCAGCCCAUCUGACCUUCAGCACACUGGGAAUCCAUGGUAGCACAAGCCAAAGGGAAGGACAAGGAAACGGCAAGGCCAACUUGGAGCCGGUUGAUGCUGGAGUAUACAACAACCUGCUACACAUCACAGCACAACCUGCCGAGGAGGCGGAAGUCAACAACCGGAGCUACGAAGACAAUUCCCAUGUCAUAAGAUACUCAGAAAUGUUGGAUGGAAGAGGGAGAAUCAGUGCCACAUUUUCCAAUCUACAGCCCAAACCAAUCACCCACCGAGCAUCUCCAGAGCCUCCAAUCCAACUGGAAAACUUGGAGGAAUCUACAAAUCGAAUCAGUCUGGCCUUGGAGAUCCAAGAGUCUGAGACCAAUGCUAAGUCAGAGACCAACAGUAAGCCUGAUGAACAUCAGGAAUGUUCCUCAAACCCUUGUAAAAACGGAGGUACCUGCGUGAAGGGAAUGAAUUCAUAUAUGUGUGACUGUGAAACAGGAUUCAAGGGGAAAAACUGUGAAUUAUUUUGCAAGAAGCUGCCACACCCCUGCACACGCCUAUACUCUGAAACUAAAUCUAUUCCAGUGUGGGAGGACAGUGUCUUCCAGUUUAAGUAUAGAAGAAUUUAUAAAGUUCACCAGGAUACCUGCUACAAAGAAGUUUGUGAGCCUGUAAUACACAGAACACCCAGAAACAGAAGGUUAUUCAGACAUUAACUAAUUACUGGACCUUCUAGCUGAUGUGUGGAAGGAGAACACAAGUCCGAAGACAUCAGAAGGAUGAUGCUAGUUAAUCCACCACAAGUUAACGCAUUGUAAAGACGGGGCCACCCAUUGGAGAGUCAGCCAAGACGUCUUAGUGUUGCUUUGUUCAUUUUGAGGAUGUCAAAGUCCAAAAAACUAGGACAGUUGAAAUCUGAUCAACACAUAACUUACUGAAGAAGAAUGCGUGUGUGGAAGGAAGGGAGGAGAGAGCAGAUGCAUACAGUCUUACAUGUCCUUGUGUUCAAGCAGAGAAAGGUGAAUGAUUGAGUGAAUGAAUGCUUGUAGUGCAAGGGUGCCCAUGAGUAUGAACGUGCCUGUGUAUAAACAACUGUGUGUCUGCAGUGUAUAAAUUCUUCAAGCUGGGAGACAAGAUUGCCAGGAAUUUGAAUUGCAUUGUCCUGAUGAUAGCAUUGUGCAGACUUCAAUCAGAUAAGUGUGGCUCCAAUAUAUUGUGUAAAGUACAGAGCCCCCUAGACUGCCUGACAGCGUGCUUAAACCCUACCUCUCAUGCUAUACCAGUGUGGUAUUUCCAUUUGUGUUAUGCUUGUGCUAGUUAGUAAUUAAAAUAUUACAACAAUUCUUUGGCAUGCACUUAUCACUUAUUUACUGACAUCAGGGUUGAGAUUGCCCACACUGACAUCAUUUAAGAUUCAUGGGACCUGGUAGUGGUAAAGGCAACUCUUAGACCCUUCUCCCUUAGAAGGUGAUACUAAGGGUGGAAUACCUGUGUACCAUGGUCCCACACCUGACAGUACACCGUGUAUCAAAUUUGUUUCUGAUUCUAUUGGAGAAAGACUUUACCAUUGAACCUUCAAUGUUAACGUCAUAACAUCAUUGUAACUCUGUUACCUCUUUGCCAGGACCAUAUAAAACUAAUUCACUGUAUACUCCUCUCUUCACAUAACCUCUUAUUGUCGCUUGUUACACUUUAAGACUUUCCCUGGGCCAAUACAUUCCAUACUCGUGACUGUUCUCUGCAUAACAAAGUUUUCUUGGCUUUCCCCCUCACUCACUUAAGUGACAAUGUCAAGUUGAUGAACCCUUGAUAGAGACUCCCCAGCUGAAGAACAUAGUCUUUCCCCAUUCACUGCCGGAACCUUUCAAUACAUUGAAAGCUUUAUUUAAACCUCAUCUGAAGGAAUAGUCUCAUUCCUCUUCAUAUGAGCUAGAUUUGAACAGUUGAAAGGGAAGUUUCUGCCCAGUCCCGCAUUACAAAGGGGAGGUCUUCUUAGUACAAGAGCUUCACUAUGAAAGAUGCAUUUUUUUAUUAUCAAUUCACCCUUGCCAGGAAGUAUGAUCAAUCCUUGAUAUACAACACUUUAUUACAGUAAAACCAGCAUCAGGCUUUCUAUCAUUGAACUUUCUUUCAUUACUCUUCAUUAGAUUCUGGAGACAUUAAUUCUCAUUAGAUUGUGGAGAUGAAUGAGUGAUUAUAUUGCAGUGUUCUGUCUGCUAGAAAUGGUGUGCCUGGGUGAAAUUAUCUCUUUGUUAAUGAUUCCUCCAUUAAGGAUAAUGCAGGUGGAUCUCCGAGUUUAAUGACAUGGAAUAUUAUGAUCAUAUGUUUGUCCGAAUUCUACUGGAGGAUUCAGAUGCUUCCUGAGCCAUUAGAGUCCAGUGUGAUUUGAAGCAAAUAGGACCAUUUGUAGGAACAAGGGAACAGAUUUUUAACUUGGUGUCCGGACUUAGAAAUGAGUUUGCAGACUGCCUUUAUAAAAACCAUACAGAUUUCAUUCCCGUUAAUUUCAAUUAAUUGGAUUUUAUGGUGUUUUGAUAUUGAUGAACACUGUAGCAUGGUGAUUUUUGAAACUAGUGCUUUUACCUCCAUCCUUUUCUUGUUUUCUCUGUCUUUCACCACUCCCCCCCCCCAACACCUCCAACAUGGAAUAACAUGCAUACCUAGAAUUCACUAAAGCACUGUAUCACAGUUUCAAAUCUUUCUCAUUUAAACAUAAAGAUAACAAAAUUAAUCGGCACAUGUAUACUCGGGUUUGCUUUGCUCCAAAAGGUGAAUUUUGCCAAUAUUAAACCAAUGAAAAAUGAGCUGAGCUUCCUUAUAUCAGGAAUUCCAGAAUUUCAUUGUCAGCUUAUUUGCAAAUCUGUUGAAGGAAUGGUUGGUGCGAGGCUUACGUAAAAUUAAUCUGUUGGAAAUUAAAUGAGACUCCUCCAAAAAUCAAUCAAGGAUUUCUGCAGGAAACUGGAGAGGCCCCAGAAACUAUGUUUCUGCCACUUCUUGAAAAAUCAGUGCAUUCACGGCGAUUGACCCAGAAGAGGAGCCAAGGCUUGGCGCAUAUUGAAUGGCGGGGCAGGUUUGAGUGGCCUGGUGGCCUACUCCUGCUUCUAUUCGCUUGUGUUCUUGUAUGCCAGCUGGCUUGACUGGAUACACCAUCAUUUGUUGGUGUAUCCAUUUUUACUUUAAUCCUACCCUAAUCUAUUUUAUUCUCUCUACAUUCCCAUCAACUCCUCCAAAGUUUUACCACUCACUCAGGUAGGAUGGACAAUUUACACUGGCCAAUUAACCUACCAUCCUGCACAUCCUUGGGAUGUGGGAGGAAAUUAGAGCACCUGAAGCAAGCUCACAUGGUCACAGGAAGAAUGUGCAAACUCCACACAGAGAGCACCUGACUUCAGGAUCAAACCCGGGCCCCUGGAGCUAUAAGGCAGUGGCUCUACCUGCUGCAACACUGUGCCAUCCUAUCUUUGAAGAUACUAAUGGAAUAUGCAGCGUCUUCACUGGAAUCUGCAGCAAACCCUUACCUUGGAACAAAGAAGGACCAGAAGGUUUAAUUGUUUCCAUGGAACAAAGUAUAUCUGGCUACAGAAGUGAAGCAACUUGAUAUCACCCUGUCUACUGUACUUAAAGGUGACCCUGGUCUAUGCAUCAGAAUAUGAUUACUAUCAUUAGACCAACCAUGAUUGGUACAUAUAGACUGAUAUGGGCAUCAGCUGCUCUUCCUGAUACUGUCGCUUAACGGCACAGCUGUAGGUAUUGGGUCUGCAAUCUUCUCUCUCAGAGCAUCACAGGGGCAGCAAGCUCUAGAGAUACAGUGAGCAAGACUUUUAACAGCAACCCGCUGCCCUGAAAGCAGAAUAUCACCACCUCCAAUCAAUCUUCUGCAAAGCACAAGCAACCAAUAUUCCUGACUCUUAGGCUGAACCUUAGAAUAGAUGAAGGGAAGGCACAGAGUGAAGAAAGAGUAGGCUAGAAUGUGGUCAUUUUAGAAAUGCACGCAAAUUGUACUUUGAUAUUCUUGAAGGUUAGAUUCUUUGAGGAAAGAUUUUAGGCUGAUAUAUUCAGGGUCAUCACAUAAAGAGCACUUGUACUGUUCUAGGAUUGAAGAAAUGUUCCUCUAUGUGUAUAUGGCAGGGGGGAAGAUGAAGGAGCUGGUACACAAAGUUAAAGAUUGACUGUGAUAAGCAGGAGACCUCAGUGUUGGGCUGUCUUCUGAUGUCCCUCCCCACAGUCACGAAUCACCACUGAGAGUCAUCGUAGCACUUCCUUGCAUGUGUUUUUCUCUCUUCACAGGAGUGAAGGUGCCUCUCCCACAGUCUCCAAAUCCCACGCUUUUGAAUGGCUACAACUAUGGAAGACACAAAGUAAACCACGACCCUUCUCCCAAUGAGACAAAGCAAACGUGUCCCUUUUGAUGACUGCUAUUAUGUUUGUGCCAUGUUCUAGAAUAUCUAUGCUGAUGUUUAAGUGACUAUCCAUUGGAAUCAGAAUUGAACCUUACUUACCCACAAACCAUUAGUUGACAAUGUUAGGGUCCCCCUAAGUACAUUCCAUAUACUACACGCUAUGUAGUACUUUAUUAUUCCAACUCUGGUGGUCCGGGUUGUGAGUUCUGCGUCACUCUGCACUGGCUUAUUCUCUGAUGUCGUUUCCCACUGCAUUUGCUCUUGUGAUUUGCUUUGUGUUCAUCUAGAAAAUAUAAUUGGACCAUUCAACAACCAGGAGCUUUACAGAUUAUCCUUACCUUGUCUUCUUUAAGUAUUAAGCACAUACCAAAAUUAAUUACUGGGUUCAGCCCAAUUCUUUCUCCUCCCCUCCCCCAGUUCCAGAAUUUGGUGCAUGUUAUCGUAGUCAUUGACAAGUCCGAUGUUCCCAUAUCCAGCAAGGUCUAGGAGGUGCAUGGACAUGAGUGCAAGGUUUAAUGCUGCAGUGUGAGUAUGUCUGUGAAUUGAAAUGAUGAAGUUGACUGAGAAGGGUUAUUUGAUCUCUAUGUGUGUCUUCUUGUUUUCUGAACACCAGCAAGCUUAUUUUGUUACUCGAUUUACUUAUAAAACAAUGUAAUCCAAUGCCCGCAUCAACACAGUCUAUCCAGGCUUGUUUUGGUUAAUGUUGGCACCAACUUAGCGCUCUUCCCAGUUUGUCAGUGACUAGACCAUUUAAUGGUCAGAGCUGUAAGGACCAAAUCCUUAGUUGUGUUUUAGGCUGUAAACAGAUCCUAACAGGCUGGUGUCCAGAUUGGUCCUGGAUGGCAGGGAAACUCCAACCUUUCAUCAUUGGGUCCCCCAUUUUUUGUCCUGCCUUUACCCAGAAUCCAAACUCAAUCCAUGUUGUUCAUCAUUGCUGCCUAUGUACUAACACUUCCCCAGGAAACCAAAUCAAUAUUGACCUGAAUGACUUGGACUAUGGGUUGGAAACACAUUGCACAAGGCUCACUGCUACUUUUAAUUGUGAUCUGUUUCUGGCUUCUGUUUUCAAUUUUAAGUGGCCUGAUUUCACAUUCUUGGUAAAACUUGCCUUUUCCUUUGGAAAUCUAUUCCAGCACUCAGUCCUCACCCUGUUGUCAGUUUGUGGACAAAAUUGAUUAUUAUCUUCUGUUGCUGACAUUCCCUUUUAUCUGUGAAGAGCCUCUCUUUGUUCUAUAUUAAAUGUUGUGGUUGUUGCAUUGUAGUUCAGCUGUAUUGAUAGUUUUACUGAAAA